AUGCAAGUAUUAAAGUUUUUCUGCAAGGCGCAAGCUUUGGUGUGUGACCACUUCCCGGCAGAUGGUUCGGUUAUUACACUAGACAGGUCAGAAAAACGGAGUAGUGACUAUAUCUGCUGCCACUACACUGACCAGGAUGGAGUAAAUGAGAAGAAGGGAGUGAACAACAAGGAGAACAAUAGUCCUGUUGCCAACACUAUUCCUCAAACAGUAGCCAAGCUUUUUAGUUAUAUCAAAAGGGAAAACAUAAGUUUCUCGAGGCGCAAGGUUGGAAAAAUGGUGGUCGAAUAA